AUGGCCUCGGGCGAUGCGCAGCCGGCUUCCCCCGAAGCCCGCCCUCACAAGUCGGCCAAACCGAAGGUCAAUCCAGCGGCGGUGAGUAUCCGGAAGCGUCAGCCCCGCAGACUUCCGAAGCGCAAGAACGACAUCUACGUGACCCGCAAGUCUAACUUUGCCAGUCAGAUGGAGAAAUGUGAGAAACUCUUUGAUGGGGGAGAGAAAGAGGUGUUCAUUCAUGGUCUUGGUGCAGCUAUCAACAGAGCACUGAACAUUGCUCUUCAGUUGGAGACCCGAAGCCUUGGCACCCUCCAGAUAUCCAUCAGCACGUCCACUGUCAACCUGGUGGACGAUAUCGAACCACUCUGCGAUGAAGGGGACUUCGAUACGAGGGAGAGAAGCAACUCUGCUGUCCAUAUUAGAGUGUUUAGAACCGAAAGCAAGAAACUGGAUGGGCCCAAUAAGUGAUGUGACUUAUAACCAUGGUUAAGGUCUUUUUGAGGAAGGAUGCAGACAUUUUGUUGUGAUGAUAAAGUUGUAUGAUGAACUAAUCUUUUCUCUACUUUCUCUGGUUUUAGUAUUAAAUUUGUAGCAGUGUCAGUUGACCCACCUUUGGUUUUCACUGAAACGUUCAUCAGAGCAUACUAGAUGAUGAUUUGAUUUUUUAAUGGGAAUUAAAACAGUGGAGGAAUAUACCUUUAUUCUUUAAAAAUACAUGUAUGAAUGUUCAUUUAUGGUUAUUCCACAUGAGAAAAAUAAUCACCUCAUUUUGUGAUUACAGAAUACUUGUAUGCAUAUAAGAAAUAAUGCCAUGUUAGUUCAUGCAAGUUUGAUUGCAAUAGAUAUUUUUGUUUUGUAAAAAUUGCUUAACUUUCUGGUAAUUAUGUUACCAUGGUAUCUAUGAUAGCUCACAUAUUUGCAAGAAAAAACAAACAUUUGCAUUCUCUUAAGGUAUUGAUUGUGGAAUUAUGAUUUAUGAAACCAGAAAUUAUUUUUGAGACAUACAUGUAUUUAUAUUAACCAUGAGUCAUUGUUAGGGGCAGUGAGUUUCCAUUAGAGCAAAAAAAAAUAACCCAGCCUAUUCCAUUUCUGAAAACCUGCAAUUUCAUUUAUAUACCGUCAAACAGACAAUCACUGACCCUACAUUAUGUAAAUGGGAUCAAGUACUUUUUGCCACACCAUGUUUGAUACAUGUAUGUGUACAUGAUUGGUAAAGCUCUCAUUAGCUCAAGAGUUCACAAACAUUAUUGAUGCAAGGAUUAUGACAAAGUUGCAAUGAAUUAACCUGUUGACAUCUGAAUUUUGUGAUUCACAUAAUCUUUGUUUCAGGAUAUUUUAGCACUUGCUUCCAACUUGCAAUAGUAAAAGAUAAAGCAAAACACACAAAAAAUGAAUGCAGUAUAGUUUAACCAUUUUUGUACAGGUUCAUGUUCUUGGGUAGCAGGGGAAAAAUGAUUUAAAGAUAAUAUGAAGUCAAAUUUGUUUUUCAAAAAAAAACAACAACAUGGGAUUAUUGGAAUGACAAAUGCAUGUACAUAACUUGAUGCUAAAGUGAUAGAUGAUGGGUGGCCCAGUGGAUAAGUCUCCAGACUUUGAAACAGAGAGUCGUGGGUUGAAUCCUAGCCAUGUCAUACUUUCUUUCAGCAAGAAAUUUAUCCACAGUGCGAUGCACUCGACCCAUGUGAGGGAAAUGGGUACCCGGUAAAAUAAAUUCCUUGAAUGCACUAAGCACCUUUAACAGCUGGAGCUAAAUCUGGAUUGUGCUCCGUCAGCUCCGGAUAAUUAUUAUUAUUAUCAUGGAAAUAAAUGACAAUACAAAAAAUAAGGAAAGGAAACAUAACUUUAAUAACCAUAAGAUGUUCAAAUCUGAACUAAAUAAUUGUCUUUUUCCAGGUAUUGUGUAAAUGAUGUCUGACAUAUUGUAAAAAACCUGUGUCUUGUCACAUAUAAAUGACAUGAUAAAAAUGUUAUACAUAAACAUCACUGUAUAUUUUCUCUCUCGACACUUUCCCUGUUAGCCAUAGGCUACCCAAUAGGCUCCGGAUGAGCCCAAAGACGUCAAUAUAAAGCUGUUUAAUACGUAAUAACAAGUGGAGUAUUAUGACCCUUCGUCACCAGGCUUAUAAUGUACUCCACCUGUGAAUAUAAUUCAUACAUCAAUGUGCAACAGGUUAGGAGUGAUUCUGUUAACCCUAGUCGUGUGAACCUGUGUAACUCAUUGGUCAGAUCAUUCUUGAGGAAUGCUUGUUAUUGGUCAAUCUACCAAUCAGGUUGUGCUUUAAAUACUAUUUACAUUUUACAACAGGUCUAUGUAUAAUUGAAAGUAAAAUUUAUACUCCAUUUUCAAAUAAAGACCAUCAGGAAUAUAGAGCAAAAUUGGUUGCAUCAGAGUUAAUUCUGAGUUAAAGAUAUAAAAGAAAAAAGUUUUGAUGUAUCUAAUGUAUCUAUUAAAUAUUAAUUUCCCCCCA